GAUGGAUUGGUCUAUCUGUACUUUAACCUCUCGGGGCACUCGAAUUUGUCCUGGAGGUACUGAAUAUUUCAUAAGAAAUGUAUAUCCCCCUAUUCAAGAACUUCAACCAAAAGUAUUGGCUGUUGUAAUUAUUUUUACUUUAUGUUUGGUUGUUGGAAUAUGUGGAAAUGGUUAGUUAAAUCUUGACUAGUUGAGGAUAUAGUUAAGAAAAAUGUCCGCAGGUACGUGGAUAUGGAGAUAAAUGUCAUAUCCGUCGGAUAAUGCUUCUAGGCCUAAAAUUCCAAAAAAAUUCUCCAACGGACAUAGCCAAGUAC